AUGAAUUGCUUGCUGACUGGGAUCAGUUCUUGUCUGUAUGAGAAGGUGUGUGGCACCGAACAGACAGACAGUGCUGACACCUCCGAGGGAACAGACACUGUUCACAAACACUCCCUCAACUUCCAGCCCAAGCGGAUUCCUUCUGACUUUGCUGAUCCGAAGCUGGAGAUGACAACAACAACAGCAACCACCAGCGCCUCACCUUUCCUCAAGCCCUUUGCUUUGAGAUACUUGGCGGGUUCGAGACCGGGAAGCGGCAGACGCCACACUCUUCCCGCCAGCGAGUUCCGUAACCUGAGCCUGACCGAUGCUCUCAGUGUGUUCGAGAUAGAGCGGGAAGCCUUCAUUUCUGUCUCUGGAGAGUGUCCUUUACACAUGGACGAAGUGAGACGUUUUCUUGAAUUGUGCCCCGAGUUAUCCCUUGGCUGGUUUGAAGAGGGGAGGCUUGUAGCCUUUGUUAUUGGUUCUGGAUGGGAUAAGGACAAACUGUCACAGGAUGCUAUGACCAUUCAUGUUCCUGGAGGUCCUACUGUCCACAUCCAUGUCCUGGCUGUUCACCACAGAUGCCGUCAGCAGGGGAAAGGCUCAAUUAUUUUAUGGCGAUACUUACAAUACCUACGAUGUCUCCCCACAGUGAAACGAGCUGUUCUAAUGUGUGAAGAUUUUUUGAUCACAUUCUAUCAGAAAGCUGGCUUUAAAGAGAUCGGACCUUCCGGCAUUGCAGUGGGUCCUCUCACGUUUACAGAAAUGGAAUACACUCUUGGUGGAGGAGCUUACUUGCGGAGAAACAGCGGCUGCUAA